AUGGGUUCCGACGACCUCAUCGACUUCGAGGUGAUUGAAAACCAGAAGGAAAACAUACAGUCGCUCCCCAGCGGCCGCUCCGCCAAAGCCCUCGCCCAACUAUACACACCGCCACUGACAUCGGCCGCCGGCCAAGCCCCCUCACCGUCGCAGAUGCAAGAUGCCAACAGCGCGACUCGGUUGCAGUAUGAGAAGGAGCUCAUGGCCAUUGACGACUCGGACGACCCCCUCGAUGUUUACGAUCGCUAUGUCAAGUGGACCCUGGACGCAUACCCUUCAGCCCAGAACACACCCCAGUCGCAGCUCUGCCCAUUGCUCGAGCGUGCAACAAAGACUUUCCAGUCGUCGCCGCAAUAUAAAAACGACGCCCGCUAUCUCAAGCUCUGGCUCCACUACAUCCAUCUCUUCUCAGAUGCGCCCCGCGAAACCUUUGCAUACCUCGCCCGACACCACAUUGGCGAGGAGCUUGCGCUGUACUAUGAAGAGUUUGCCGCCUGGCUAGAGUCUGCAGGCCGCUAUGCACAAGCAGAGGAAGUGUACAACAUGGGCAUUGAGCGCGGGGCCCGCCCAACAGAGCGCUUGAUUCGCAAGUAUGGUGAGUUCCAGCACCGAUGCGAGAGCCGACCGCAACAAGCAGAGGAGCCUACAAGCCCGGCGUUGCCCGCUGUCCGCCCAGCGCUCGCGGCCAAGGUAGACCCGUUUGCCCUUGCCUCACCAAGCGCUCCUGCCCCACAAGCGCAGGCUCAGCCAAAGCCCGCUGCAGGUACAUCGCGCUCAGGAAAAGCCAAGCUCGCCAUUUUCGCAGAUGGUGAUGAUGCGGCAAAGCCCACCUCGAGUGGCAGCACUGAAGGUUGGGGCAACAUUGGAUCGCUGGCGGAUCGCAAAAAGGAGAACGCACAAGAGGCACGGCCUUGGGCUGGCGAGACUCUGAAGGUUGGAAAGAAGAAUACGGGCGUUCCCAAAAUGGCAAUCUUCAAGGAUGAGAGCAAAUCAAAUCUCAAUGACGAAAACGUCAACUCUCAUCCAUUACGUGAAUACCAACAAGCUGUCAAUCCAAGGACAGGACGGCUCGAGGUCGUCUUUGUCGAUUUGGAGAAAGUGUAUCCUAACCAUGAAGACCCAAUGUCUGAAGAGUACUCUUUUGAGGAAUUGCGAGCUAAACACAGGGGGUGGCUGGAUCGUGAUUGGGCUGCCAUGCGAAGACAAGAAGAGCAGGCAAGAAAAGAUGCCGAAGCGGCACUUGCUGCUGCUCAAACAAAACCCAAGGCCAUGCCUUUAGCACCCAAGCAAGAACCUGAACCAAUUGCUAAGCCUCAAACAGUACCGUUGAAAGGAAGUGCCAGACGUGAAGAGCGUGCCAACAGGACUAGAAAGAUCAAAGUCAUGGAAACCAAGGAGAUCCGCGGAGAAACGCAAACGAUCCAAGCCAAUCUGGAUUCUCCUGCAAAGUCCAAGAUGCGACGGAAAAAGGCCGGCCCCGAGAUGACUAUGACACUUCACACCAAGGAAGCGAUGGAUGAGAUCUACGAUAUUUUCAAUGAGCCGCUGAAGAAUGCUGAUGAUAAUGCUUCUGAAGUCCAGAGCGGUGAGGAAAGUAGCGAGGAUGACGAAGAUGAUUAUUCUAGUGGCGCCGAGAGCACAGGGACUGGCCGUAUAUCCGGCGCUACAAGUGAAUAUGGAGACGAGACGACAAGCGUAUCGGAGUCGUCUGACUUUACCGAGAUCAAACCUGGACAAAAGGAUGACGAGCAAGAUCAGUCUGAGAAUGAGUCUGAGCAUUCUGGUCAAUCUCAAGAUGAUUCCUUUGAUGAAACAUCAAACGUAGAUGGCGAAUCGGAGCACCAACAGGACGAGCGGGUCGUCACUCCUACAUCGCCUUCAGGACCAAGAUCUCUCCCAACGCGCUUCGUCCCUGUCCCACCUGAAGACUACAACCCUGCUAUGCGACCAUAUAGAGAUCCAGUCGUCGUUGCCAACAACCGGCUACCCUUCAUGACUCCGAUUGUGGAAAAGACUGAGUCGUCUCUGGGCAUUGCCACGGCUGUAGCGCAGAAGGAGUAUUAUGCAGCCAAAACACCUUCGCGUAGCCCCUUCUCUGAUAUUCUGGGACAAGUCAUUGACGGGCCAGGUAAAGUUGCAAAGCUAGCUCUGACCGAUUCAAAACCAGUGCCCAAAGAGCCCCUAGACGAGCCGCAGCGCAAGCCAUUGGCCGCAAAAGAGCCUCCAGUUACAGUGGCCAGGCCUAGUGGACCGAUCAUCAAGGACACACAGUGCAACCCAGUUGAUGAUAGUAUCCGUAAGACUAUUCUACAAGAAACCCAACCUCCUUUGGAAAGCUACGAGGGUUACUACGCCGACACGGAGCAAAGCUAUGGAAAAGGCGCGGAUAUUCGCAAGUAUACAAAAGCAGUAUCAAAACUGAGCAAGAAUGCGCAGGACAAGACGGCAGCCAAUGUCGGGGCAUGUCCUACUUUGGAGUUUCCUGGGACAGAGCGGACUUAUGUUGUUAAACGUGAGCUUGGAAAGGGUGCAUUUGCUCCAGUGUACCUGGUGGAGAGCAAAGAAGCAGAAAAUGACGAGAACAAGCCUUCACAAAUGGGCAAGGGUGAGUUUGGUCCGAAGCGUCAACAUCUGGAGGCAAUCAAGAUGGAAGAUCCGCCAACACCGUGGGAAUUCUACAUUAUGCGGCAGGCCAAACGACGACUAGGUGUGUCACGAGCAGCUGAGUCAGUUGUCAGUGCAUACGAGAUGCACGUGUUCAAGGAUGAGUGCUAUCUGGUUGAAGAGUAUCGCGAUCAAGGAACACUGCUCGACUUGGUCAACCAUGCUCGCGCAGACAAUGGGGCAAUGGACGAACAGCUAGCCAUGUUCUUCACCAUUGAACUAUUCCGUACAGUGGAGGCUCUGCACUCCAAGGGCAUAAUACAUGGCGAUCUCAAGUCGGAUAAUGUUCUGGUACGGUUCGACGCACUCCAGAAGGAUGAGCACUGGGAUUCCGAGUACAAGCGCGACGGGCGUGACGGGUGGUCUGCAAAGGGCAUCUCACUGAUUGACUUUGGUCGAGGCAUCGACAUGAAAGCCUUUAAGCCCGAAGUGCAGUUUAUCGCAGACUGGCCAACGACCGAGGCCGACUGCGCCGAGAUGCGUGAGCUGCGGCCUUGGACUCACCAAAUCGACUACCACGGUCUCGCUGGCAUUGUGCACAAUCUCCUGUUUGGAAAGUACAUUUCGGCAGUUGCUGAACGAGGGGCUACUCUGGGCUCAGGUGCAACCAAGACGUACAAGAUCAAGGAGAACUUGAAGCGAUACUGGCAGACUGAGAUUUGGCACGAGUGCUUUGACUUGUUGCUGAACCCGCUGAUGCAUCUUGAGGGCGAGGAGGGAAGGCGGCUGCCGGUGCUCAAGGGGAUGAAGGAGUUGAGGGAGAAGAUGGAGGAGUAUCUUGAGAACAACUGCGAGAAGGGUGUUGGUCUCAAGGUGCUCGUGAGGCGGAUGGAGGAAGUUGUGAAGCGGAGAUAAGGAUUACGAUUGUGGAGUUUGGGGGUUUGCAUUGGUUGGAGUUGUUUGACAUGACUAGACGUACGUGAUACCUCCAUGAGCAAUGAUUUUAUAUCCCUUUUUUUGUUAGACUCGCAUCUCGUAGGAAAAGAGAAUUGAAUUCGAGCAUUU